AUGUUGGGUUUUACAGCUUUUAGCAAUGCUAGGGAGGCAGUCGAGGCCGAGGGUGUUCUCAUCGGCGGAUGGUCCCUUCGACGUGCCAUGUGGCCAAAGACGGUGGAUGGUAUACACGACAGCAGUCAAGAUCGUGUAGAGCAUGUUGCUGCCAUCCAAGACUGGGACGCAGCUGAAGAGGCAGCUUUGGUCAGAAAGAUCGACCUUCGUGUUCUGUUGCCAUGCUGCAUCGUUUACUUCCUCGCUUACCUGGAUCGUGCCAACAUGGGUUUCGUCAAUAUCAUGCAGGCGGGCACAAGUCAUAGCUUCGAAGAGAGUUUGCAUCUAAAAGGCACGGACUUCAACUGGGCCGUCUCGAUCACCUACUUCAUGGUCACUGUCCUCCUGAUGCCUUCCAAUCUCCUCAUGAAGAGGUUCGGCGCGAAGAAAUAUUUCCCAGUCAUCAUGGCGCUUUUUGGCACCAUUGUCAUGACCAUGGCUGCAGUACACAACUAUGACGGUCUCCUAGCAGCCCGGUUUUUCCUGGGUGUUCCAGAAGCCGGUGUUGUACCUACAACAAUCAUGUACUUCAGCUUCUGGUAUAAGCCAACUGAGCGAGCCUGGCGUAUUGGCAUUUUCCACGCUGCAAAUGCCCUGGCGUCUGGUGUUGGUGGUUUCCUUGCCGUUGCUAUUGACCAUCUUGAUGGAAGAGCGGGUCUCGAAAGCUGGCGGUGGCUCUUUAUCAUUGAGGGUCUGCUACCAAUCAUCAUGGCCGUCCCAGUCUACUUCCUUCUUUUAACCUUUCCCGAGACAUCACCAGCAUUGACAGACCGAGAGCGUCACAUUGCUAUCAACAGAUUCGGUCGAGGCGCCACACGCAGCACCGAUGUCACAUGGGAAUGGCGAGCAUUUGUCGCUGUUAUGAAACGACCUUCCACCUAUGUGUUUUUCGUGUCAUACAUCUGUCUCUUGAUCGUGGCGGUGGCGCUAGGAACAUUCUUGCCAACUAUCCUCAAAUUUGCAAAAUUCUCAAGCACAAAAGCAAAUGAAUACACUUCAGCCGUUUACUUCGCCGCCAUCGUUUGCUACGCCGUAUGGUCAUGGCACUCUGACUGGACUCGAGAGCGAAUGUGGCAUUACAUCCUCCCCGCAAUGGGUGCAAUUCCGUGCUUUGCGGUCUGGACGUAUGUGGGUUCUCAUGAGAGCUUCAGUGGAAUCAAACCGAUUUCCUUGUACGGCCUCGCAUUCUUGGGAAACCUUGUGUCGAUCGCACAGCCGGCGGCGCUCAGCUACCGAAGUUGUACGCUCUAUGGUGCGUCAGAGCAAGCUGUCGGUGGUGCGAUUGCUGUUGCCUCUCUGUCAAUUGCCAGCAUCAUUGGACCACAGAUCUUCCCAAGCAGAGAUGCACCAUGGUAUGUUCCUGGUUUCUCGGCCGCUUGCUCAACAAUCGCUUUCACAAUAGUUAGCUUCGCGUCGCUUCCCGUUUGGCUCCUCAUGGAAGCUCGAUCUCGCAAGAAGAAGACCGGUCACGCGAUGCCACUGAGAGCCAUGGAAGACGCCGAGCACUCUAUGAUUUCUGCAGCUGCCAUGGCUCGUCUUCACGAACAAAAUAUGAUUGAAAAUAAGGUUGACGUUGAGGCUCCCAAACAUGUCGAGGAGAUCCCAAUGGAAGGACAAACCAAGCAUUAA